AUGGCUAAAGAAAGCGACGUGUCGCUUUUUAACGAUGUGUUAGAGCCGUUUCGGCGCGUUAUUAAUACCGAUCCCCCAAAAGAUAGGUUGUCGGUUUCGGCAAAGUUAAAUUUUUCAGAUAGUAAUAACCAAUCUAUGAAAGAAGGUAUAGCUAACCUAUCCAAUUUGGGCAAACGCAAAAUUAGUUGUGGUGAAAUAGCAGAGACACCUGGUAAGAGAACGCGAUCAGAUUCAACUAGUAGUGUACCUCCUUCGCCUUGGGAAGCAAAAAGAUUGAAAAUUGACCUUAUUGGUGCCAAGGCGCAAAUAACAAAAUUAGAAGCUCGCAUCAACCAUCAACAUGCUAUUCGUAAAGAAAUGCAAAUCUUAUUUGAAGAGGAAAAGGGCUCCCUGAUAGAGCAACAUAAGAGAGAUGAGAGAAUCAUUUCGGACUUAGAUGACAGACUGCAGAUAGUUAGGAAAAGGGAGCAGGAUUUACGUGAAGAGUUUACUGAGUCUAUGAAAGAAUUCAAAGACACUAAAGCUAAAUGGGAGAAAGAUAGAAUGGAGCUCCAAAAGCAAGUUGCCGAGUUAAAAGACCAAUUAUUACAAGCUAAUGUCAGUUGCAAAGAUCAAGUAUCAGAAAUGCAAAAGGAUAUGAAUGAAUUAUUAGCGGCUUUAGAAGAUGCACAACAAGAAAGUCAACUUCUAAAAGGGGAAGUUGAGAAACUUAAAACGAAAGCAGAUCAAUGUACAAGUCUCCGAGCACAACUCGAGAAGCAAACAUUUGAAUUGCAACAGGUCUCUAACAAGUUGAAGGAAAUUGAAUAUGAGAGGGACUCGUAUAAAGAUUGGCAACAACAAGCUAAGACGGCACAAAAACGUCUAUCCAAUAUGGCUGAGUUAGAGAAGGAAGUGGGCAGGCUCCGAGCAACGGAACGCACACUACGUGAUGCGGUGUGCAAUAAACUGUUGUUGGAGGAACAAGUACAUAUUCUCAGUAGUAAGGUUGACACACUUCAAUCAACGCAACAGGAAUUGCAUGAGGCUAAGGUAAAAAUAUCUACCUUAGAAUCCUCAUUGGAGGAAUGGCGUAGCGCUGCAAGAGGCCACGGCGUGGAAUGCGCAAGAGCGCUGUCUUCUGCACUCGAUAAUGCCCUGAGUGGUCAACUGACAGCCGUAGCUGGUGCCAACCAGGCUGAAUCGCAGAUGGUACAACUAACCGAGGAAUUGGCAACAGUUAAGUAUGAACGUGACAAGGCGACUACCAAGUUGAGUGAUCUGCAAAACGUAAAGAAAAAUCAGGAGAGUCUCAUUCAUAGACUACAGAAGAGACUCCUUAUUGUUACUAGAGAAAGGGAUAGCUAUAGACAGCAGCUUGACAGCUACGAGAAGGAGUUGACAGUGACAUUGAGUGGUGACGUGGGGGCUGGUAGUGCUGCCUUACUCUCGGCAAGGGUGGAACAGCUUGAGAGAUCAUUGCAGAGCUAUAGGGAUCUUCUUGCCACUCACGAUCAAGAGUCACAAACGAAAGCAUUGGAAACCGCCAGAGCGGAAGCAAGCAAAUACCGAGAGGAAGCAGAAACGGCAAAGCGUGAAGCGAGCAAACUGCGCGCGCAAAGAGAUCAAUUGCAUGCGCAUCUUGACAAACUCGCUGCACCCUCUAAGGUAUUACACAUGGCAGACAAUCCGGCGGCGAUGGCUCAGAAACAAAUGCAAUCGGACCUUGAAUCCGCCCAAGAAGAGAUCAAGAAAUUGAAGGCCGCCCUGCGUGAGGGCAGCCAGGCCUGUCCGGAAGAAAUGCAAGAAUUAAAAAAGAACCUCGAAAAUAGCAGGAUUAAAUUGCAGAGGAUGAAAGAGGAGUUCACAGCAUCAGCGCAAGAGUACAGAGAUGUCUGUUACAUGUUGCUAGGAUACAAGAUUGAUAGGACGGGACAUAAAAAUUACAGAAUAUCAAAUAUGUACGCGGAUUCGGCUGAGGAGUACCUCACCUUCACCCUCUGUGAGGACGGCAUAGAGAUGGUGCAUACAGACUAUUCGACAUCUCUAGGCGAAUUAGUAGAGUUGCAUUUACACCAACAUCGCUCCAUUCCAGUAUUCCUUAGUGCAUUGACGAUGGAAUUGUUCACGAGAACCACUAUGCAGCAGGAAAUUGCAUAA